AUGGAUACCUUUGUCACCAGUGGGUUUGAGGCGCCUCCAGGAGGCGUACCUUCACCCCCACCGUCUCCGGACACCACGCCUAUAGGCGGGCGUCCGGGCCUCAAGGCCCGCUCGCGCAGCGGAGACGCCGCGCAUUACAUCACGGAAGAGUGUGAGAGACUCUUCUGCGAGACUAUGAAGGCUGUGUUCUUGGUCGAGAAGAACUCUGGUCGGCAGAACUCGCUGGUGAUGGAUGUGCACAACAUCAGCAACAGCAGCCAGGAAAGCAAUGGUGUCGAUAUACCACAGCAUCACGAUUCCGUUAUGAAGCAUGGCAUACCCACGCCAAGUACGUCGCCGGAUGGCAGAGACUAUCCCAAGACUGGUGGCGUGGUCAAGGACUAUGUGGAGAUAUGGGAUUAUGUCGGUGGCGCACGCUUCCGCGGCUUUGUUGCUGAGACGCAGGAUGAGCGUAGCUUGUUCGUCUUCUUUGACAAAGAAGUGAUCGGGAAGGAUCUCAAGCCAGGGUACUCUCUCCCGAAUCACAAACGGAAAGAUGUGAAGCUAACUUUGUCAGUCUUAUGGCACUACUCGAGCUUGCCAGCAACGACAGCUUUGGAUGCUCGCAACUCGUAG